GCAUUCUCUUUUUUUUUUUGUCCAUCCUUUACGUUCGCGCCGAUUCAUCCCAAUCCACGUACGUCGUGCUUCAUCGGACCUUGGUAGCUAACGAGAAAGAACGUCUCAUUCAUCCAUACAUAUAUAUUUAAACAAAUAAAUAUAUAUAUUUGAUAUUGGGAAAAGGACAAGCAAAAAAAAAAACCCUCAGUGUGUCUGUGCGAGAGCACAUCCCCAAAACGGUUUAUAAAACACAUUUGUUAAACUAACAACGCAAAGAAAUAAUUGAGCUCCCUCCCCCUCAAAAAAAAAAGGACGAACGACGUUCUUAUUCUCCACGUCUAAAUUUCCUUCCUAAAUUUUUGCCACAGCCUCCACCUUAUUUGGUAACCUGUCGCGCACAACAACAAGAGGCGUUCCAACGAAGUCAUAUUUUGCCUCUUGCGUUGCCAACGCUUCGUAAAGACUGUCGUCCUUGAUUGCAUUCAAAUACAUACCUAACCGAACGGAAUUGUUUACGAGUGCCUCUUGUUUCUUUUGGCUCUCUUUUCCGUUUCCCUUUUUUCGUGGUGUUGUUCUCUCUUAGUACGACUUGCUUCAAAAAUCCUUUUUUCCGAUAUUUACUUGUCACUUGCGUCUCGCUGUGUUGGGUCUCCUUUUCCAUCGUUUUCUUUUUUUUCUCUCUUUCUGGCUGAUUUUGUUGUUUUCCAAGCUGUUUCAAACGGACUUAUUUUGCUCUGAGGCGUUCUCACGUUUGCUAGUGCGUAAUUCCCAUGUUUUACAUCUUUCUUUGUUUUCGCCGUUGUUUAAUCUAGCACGUCAAGGUCGCGCAGCGGCGUACUCGGCGUUCGCUAAAAGGCUACUCUGAGGGAAAGAAAGCCCACGUUUUCUUGUCGUUCAAUUGUUCUCCGCUACGGCUUUUUAGAUUGAGGUGUUGGUGUUGGUGUGUGUGUAUGUCUGUGUGUGUGUGUGUGUGUGUGUGUGUGCGUGUUUCCUUAUCCGCACAUUUAAUACAUCUCCACUCUCAAGCUUUCCUUUUGGGUUUCUUUUUAUCCUCUAGUUAUUAUCACUGUUGACAGCUCCUUCUUCUUUCGGUGCUCCUUCGUCUCAGUUCUACUUAUCAGUCUGUGCUGUUUUUGUCUCAAUCUUUUUCCUUACUCACGAAUCUCGCAGCCUUCUCAUAUUUGCCUUCUCUGUUCCUUUUUUUCUUUCCGUUGGUUCUCUCCGGACUCUUCACGCCACACUGCAGUGUCACGGAACAUCAGAGGGUAUUCGUGCCGUCACCAACCCGGACUCCUUUCCCCAUCUGUUUCUCUAGACAGCUUUAUUGUUUCGUCUUACGUUAUUUUUUUCUCCUCGUGUAUUGUAAUUCUAAUAGCAGACAUCGAAUUCUUGUUUACGAGAUGCAGACGAGCUCCGCGAUGGCCGCCAGCCAGCUGAAGGCGACGCUGACGAGCAAUCCGCAGGACAACACCGAAAUACCGUCGCUCUUUCACACCUUUGGCCACAACGACGUCAGCAGCGGCGAUGACGACGUGGUGGAGGUGCUAGAAGUGAAUCAAGCAGAUGAAUACCACGCUGAUUCCUACUGCGGUGCCGCUGCCUCUGGCGGACGUGGGACGGCGGUUGCCGCCUCUGCUGCGCGAGUCGGUGCCGUUGCUGCCGCCGCGGUAUCCAUGUCUGCCACGCGCGCCUGCGCCACCGCUUCACCCAACUCGAGCCACACCCACUACCCGAUGAGCCGCAGCACGCACAACCCCUACGUGUUGCUCAGCGGCACCGAUGGAACUGCCCUCUACGGCCUCGACACGUCCGUCACGACGGCGUCGAACAGCGUGACGGGGCGGCCCACACACCAGUACAGCUUCAGCAACAGCACCUCGCAGAAUCCUCUGACCUUCCAGUUCAACUCGUCUGCCACCGGCGGUGAAACCAACUUCCGCACCAACAGCCCCUCCGCAAACAUCGCAGGUAGCGUGAGUCAGCGACGUCAGCCGUCGCAGCCCCCGCACUCGGUCCAGCUACCGCAGAUCCAGCCCGUGCCGCUGCACACCGCUGGCGAGCCGGCCGACGGCUACUGGCGGGACGGCAACCCCAUGUCGAUCUCUAGCACGGAUGCCCGACUCGUGGCGACCACCACCGUCGGCACCCUCUCCGUCGGUACCUCUGGGGGGUUGCCGACGAUCAACGUGAAUGUGCGCCAGCGCAUCCGCGCGACGGCCAGCUCCCACGCGAGCUCGCUCAACACGUCGCAGAUUACGAUGCCGGUGGUGCAGCCCGUGUCCUCGUCCGCGGCUGGAACAGCAGACAUCGCAGCCACGGCGGCGCACCUGCCGCAGCCGGACAGCACGACUCCGCUAGAGGCCGCGUCCCUGCAGUCGCGCUCUUCCAGCAGCAGCGUACGCCGCCCCGCCAGCUCCAGCACCAGCAGCGUUGACCGCCGUCCCCUCCAACCUGGCGGGUGUCCGAUGAGCACGGUGUUGAACAACAACAGCAGCAGAGGCCGCAUGAUCAACGUGCCGAACUGCGCGGUGGUGGUAUCUACCGAGGAAACGGAUGAGCGGUCGAACGCGUCCGUGAACGUCUAUUCGCCCGACACUUCGCACCUUCAGCAGCAGCAACAGCAGCAACAAUACGUACAGUACCCACCCCACCCCCUACCAGUCCUACCAAUGCCGCAGCAGCUACUACAGCAGCAGCCGCAGCCGCAGUACUACGGCUACGGUCCAACGAACAUGUCGCCACCGCAUUCACUCUACAAUCAAGCCCAAAUGGGCUAUGCAGAGCAGGGCUACGCCAGCGUACCGCCGCACCCCAACGCCUACGACCCUUCCAAGAUGGUCGCCUACCUGCCGUCACCACCGCAGCAAGUUCUGGUACCCCAGCAGCAGCCACCGCAGCAGUAUUACGACCCUCAAGCGCAGCAACCGCAGCACAUCGCGGUGAUGCAGGGCCCCGUAGCGGAGUACGUGAACCAGUACGGUCAGGUGAUACCCAGCCCAACCUACUACAUGGGCUGCACGGCGGUUGCCGGCGUCGGCGCUUCUUCGGUUGGUGUCCCUCCCAUGAUGCCGGGUUACGGGUAUCAGGCCCUGUCCACCAUGCCCGGCAUGCCGACGUACGGACACGUGGUGCAGCAGGCCGGGUAUGGCGGUGGGGGAGAGACGCGCACGCAUCGCAGUGGUGCGGGACAGCGGCAGCAGCAUCCGCAACAGAGCUGCCCUGGUACCGGGGACGUCUCGGCAUCCUCAUCCCCGCCGCAGUUCUCACUUGCUGCCGCUGGCGCGUCGAACAAUACCAGCGUUAGUAACAAUAGUAUUCCCAACAACAGCAACAAGUACCCAAAAGCCAAGUCGCAGCUGCAGGCCAAGCAAGGCGGGCCGAAAAAGCCCGCCGCCCCCUCCUCCCAUCAGCUCGACGGUAAGGCUGCCGCGAUGGGCGAAGACGGUGGAAACAACGAUAGCAGCGCAUCCACCUCCGAGGUGAGCAAGAAGUUCCCACGGAAGCAGGACGAGGCACGCUUCCACGCCGACCGCAGCGCCGCCAUUCAGCUCUUUGUGGUGGUGAAGAGAAAAAUGGAGGGCAAGCGUUACGCCUGCCCGCUGCCGGCGACGGCGGUGCCGAUCGGCAGCCAGAUGCUCGUCGAGGGUGACCGCGGCGCCGAUCUUGGCGAGGUGCUCGCCCACGUCUCGGUGGAACAGAUGGCGCGCGACUGCGUCUUCAUCGAGGGUCGCCGCAGGGCUGCGCUGGAGAAGAUGCACGAGCAGCGCGCCAGUGCCGCCACCACCGACGGCGCCGGCAAGUUCGAUGAGGCGGACACGGCGGACCUGCCGCAGCUCACUGGACAGGCGGCGCUUGAUUACGUGCUGUCCGUCAAGGACUGGCCGUGGUUAAUCGGCCCUGCCACCCCGGAGGAUGUGGAGAGCCUCGGGCCGCAGCGGGAGGCGGAGCGGCAGGCUUUUGUCACGGCGAAGCCCAUUGUGCAGCAGUUCAUUGAGAACCGCUACCAGCAGCGGGUGGCGCGUAGCGAGCAGGUGCAGCGUGCGACCGGGAACGACGCGGGCGCUGCGGCGAAAGAUGACGCCGCCGCCGCUGCCGCUGCGGGAAGACACACGCAGGACAACGACUCCGACGACGGGGAGCACCGCACCUCGCUGACGUCGCCGACGGAGGAGGAGCUGCACACACUCGAGCUCAUCCACCAGGUGACCCUCGUCGACUGCGAGUACCAAUUCACACGUGAGAAGAUCACGCUGUUUGUCAGCCGCCCGUCCCGUAGUGUAUUUGUGGACUUCCGCCGGAUGCAGCGCAAGCUCUACCGCACCUUCCGCUGCCGCAUCUGGAUCGCGUACAUGGACGAAAUUGCUGAUGACGAAGACGCGCCGGAGUCAUUUGUGUUCGUGCCGCCUCCAUCGUCGUCUGCCGCUGCCACCGCGGCGGUGGCGGACGCCGCCGAUGACGGCAAUCAAGAGGAUGCGUAG